AUGAGCUUUUGUCAAAGCCCACUUCUUUGUGUGCAAGUCAAGAAAGAUCACUCUCUUGAGUGUAAAUGCAAUAUUCUGCUGAUUAUGGAAGUGCGAACGCAUUUUCGCGUGUAUCCAGGUCUCAGCCGGCCCUUGGGACCAAAGUCUCAUGAAGUGACUGGAACCAGCCAUAGGGAAGGAGGACUUUAUAUAUUGGAUCAGCUCAAAACUCCUAAGAUUUCGGCUGCUGUUCCUAGUGUGGAUGUUUCUGGCUGUAAACUUGCAAAGUUCUCUGCUUUGCCUUUUCCUAAAAUUAAUUCUUUUUCUGUUGCACCUUUUGAUCUCAUUCAUCUUAUGUUUGGGGACCCUCUCAUGUUCCUACAAAGGGGGCUCUCAUGUGAUUUGGGGGGCGAAUAUACUUCUCAUGCUUUUAAGGAACUUCUUGUUUUAGGUGGCAAGAUUUACCAAACUUCUUGCACUGAUACUCCUGAACAAAAUAGGGUUGUUGAAAGAAAACAUAUGCAUAUUCUUGAGACUGCUGGGUCAUUUUUAUUGUCUCCUAGUGGUCCUAGUGAAUUUUGGGGGGAGGCAGCUCUUACUUUUCGGAGUAAGUUAACUUCAUUGUCUGCUAUAUGUGUUUUUCUUGGUUAUGGUGUAGGACAAAAGGGGUAUCGUUGUUUUGAUCCAAUAUCUCGUGCUGGCCAUCCUGACUCUCCUACUGGCCCCUCAACUACAGUCACUACCCAAUCAUCUUCUGAGACAGCGAAUACUACUGAACACCGUUAUCCGCCUUCUUCUUUCAACGAGGCAGUUCUUGAUCCUCUUUGGCAGCGUGAUAUGGCUAAGGAGCUAAUUGCUCUUCACCAAACCCAUACUUGGGAUUUAGUGUCUCUUCCUGCAGGAAAACGUGCUAUUGGUUCUCGUUGGGUCUAUAAAAUUAAAACUAAAGCUGAUGGAUCUAUUAAAAGAUAUAAAGCUCGCUUGGUUGCUAAGGGUUAUUCUCAGUAA